CGUUACUACGGCGUCGCUGAAUGGCACCAACGUGUCCAUCAACUGCCUGACUUCUGCCGUAGUCACCUGCGACCGUUUAUGACCAACAUAUCAUCGACACAAUCAGCGAACACUAGCCACGGAUCAAUACCGGAGAACGAAAAGCCCAGCAUCGUCAUACAUCAUCAGAGUUUAGUACAAGAACCAUUCUCUAAUUACACCCAGUGCAGAUGGUUAUCGACCAGCAGUCCUAAACGGCGCGAGUUUCUGACGUGACGUCUGCUUCUGUUGAUCGUGUCGUCUGCCGUGCAUUAUUAUUGUUUUUUUACGUUUUGUUGUUUUUUUUCACCUUUUUUACCGAAGAGUCGAGGUGGCUGAUGUGAGUUUACAGACUGGCUAAGAAACUGGGACGUACGGGUAGAUGACGUUGUUCGUUCACACAACAAAAAUCCACACGCGGAUUCCCAAAGCAUUAUGGAUUUCGGCGAAAACUACUACACUGAUAAAUACCAAGACAGUGAAGAUGACACGGAGUGUGAUGUGCCUGUUGUACACAGGGCGGCCGCCAGGGGGGACAUCGAGACCCUCGUGCAGAUAGUGCAACAUGACCCGAGCGUCUUGGAGCUGCAAAAAGCAGAUGGCUUUACGCCUCUGGCCGAGGCGGUCCAGGCUCAGCAGAUUUGCGCCGUAAAACGCCUGGUAAAGAUGGGAGCCAACAUAAACGCCCAGGACAAUCUGGGUCGAACCAGUUUGUCCAUAGCAGCUUAUCAGGGAUGGCAUGAUGGCGUCGUGUUUCUUCUCCGUAACGGGGCUAAGAAGAAUACCUGUGACACAUCUGGGCGAACGCCGCUUCACGCGGCCACCUACAACAAAGACAAACGAACACUUUCUGCAUUGUUGUCGAGUCUCUCUCCAUCGGAGUUAAAUCAUGAAGAUAACGAGCAAAUGACAGCGCUCCACUGGGCGGCAUUUCACAAACGUCCCGACCACGUCCAAGAACUCGUUGCCAGAGGUGCAAAUAUCCUCGCUACGGACAUCGACGGCAAACUAGCUCUACAUUGGGCAGCGCAAAAUGGCUGUUUGCGUUCAUGCUGUGUACUAGCGUCCGUCUAUCACGCCAACCACGUCAUCAACAUGCCCGACAACUCCGGGAAGACGCCAGUGCAUUACGCAGCAGCAGCCGGCCACGUCGACAUCAUUGAGUACCUUGCGUCGCGACCUGGGUGUGACCUUGAACCUGGUGAUCCCGACGAAAGGACUCCGUUGCACUGGGCCGCCGCGAUGGGUCACGCUGACUGUGUGACGUCACUUCUCAAGCUUGGAGUCGACCCCAACCCGUUGGAUAUUGACGACCAGACUCCACUUAACUAUGCAGUACAGUCAGGACACUUUGGUUGCGAGAAUCUGCUGAAGGCGAGCAUUGGCACGAACGCAGUCGACAACGGCGGUGAGAGAAUCACGGACGAGAAUCCUCGAGAACCCGGCACAGAGCAGACGACAGCUGGUCCUAUCGGUUUCUUCAAGAAGCUCUUCUCUCCGAAAGUCAAAAUUGGAGUCGAUAGUCCCUCUUCCGACGACCCCGCCAUCACGACGACGACCAGUCCCGACAUCAGCAUCAUCAGCAGCAACGUGCUGGUGACUUCAGACGCCACCGACAAGACCUCUGUGGUAGAGGAGCUAGCGAAAUCAUCGUGCCUGUUCUUUGGAGACGACCAGCUGCCUGUAACGAAGCCGUCGCUGUAUUCGGACAUUCAGGAGAGGUGCGAGUGUGCGGUGACGACGUCCGUGCCUGGCCAGACGGAUGAAGACAUGCGAUCAGAGAGACACAAGAUGAGGUCGGACGUCAACAAGAAUACGUGCAUUGCAGACGAUCAGGACAGCCAGGCCGGAGCGUGUGUGAUUCAACAAAGACAUCCGCGUCCCACCAUUCAUCUCCACCAUCAGAGCUUAGCUCUACCCGGGAAGAAGGUUCUCCUACACCAGCCUACAGACAACAGAAGACUUAAAGCCGUCAAAAGAUCCGCCAGCAUCAGUGGAAGCAACGUUCAGUUCACGGCAUGUGGGUCGAGGAAGCUCGUACAGAGCCCGGCACCACUAAGGAAGUUACUGCUCGGGCAGUCUCGAUCGCAGAUCCAGCUCUCUCCGGGCGUGACUCGCAAGCAGAUUUCAGACCACUCGGGGAAACCGAACGCCACGUUCCUGCCAGACAAAGCAAACAAGGACAGUGAUGCGGAUAUAGUCUCAUAUUUGAAUGCUCUUGAUUUUGAGGAAGAAAUCAUGGAAAAUAGUCCAACUAUAUCGAGAUUAAAGCAAACAGACGACGAAGGCAGGUCAUCAACAAGAGACCCUACCCCUCCACCGUCCAAUGAAGAGAGUUAUCGUCAAGUUGUUUCCAGUCUGAUCCGCCACAGCAUCUCAGAAUGUGAGAGAUACUACGCGCUGCCGAACAGUCAAACAGAUGGACUACCCAGACUCCGUCGAGACAUAGACCAGACCUUCAAACGAGGCUACCUCAACACUCCCCUAGUCUCCAUUCCAGGAGACACCAUCAUUUCCUUCCAUAAUACGCUUAAAGACAAAGACAUCAAGCCGUCGGUGGAACAUCUCUUGUCGAAACGCUACAAUGUCGAAGAACAACUUCUGGCGCAUUCGUCGUCGGUGAACUGGCCUAGUCCCCGGCGGCGCAGACGACAAGAAAAAGAUUUGUGCCACUUGGACAAUGUUUCUCACAUAGUGCGCCCUCGGCACUUACCUCGUAGGAAAAUGAGUCCAGUUCUACAGUCGAGUUUGGAGGUAGCGGACCCACUUGGCUCAGGAGAAGACGAGCCAGAAUUCGCAAACGACGAGCGUGGAUUCACUCCAGCCGCCAAGGGCAACAAUCCGAACGUCUGUCAGUCGAGCGAAAAGACCGUGACGCUACCGGUCCUGACUGUCAAGAGUGGCCAGUUGCUCAACAAGGACACUAGUCAGUUCAUGGGAUCAAUCUCGGUUGGGAAUUCCCCUGCAAUGUUAACAAGACACAGACGACCGGUUAAAGGACUGGUGGAGAUGGACGUGUCGUCUGCCUCGCCGCGACUUCCGGUCAGACACGGAGAUGUUUCCCACUACAAGUAGACUUAAUGGAGUUCAUGGGAUAUGAUGACUAUGUAGCUGGUUAUUAAAGUAUAUUUGGAAACAAAUCAAAUGCAUUUAUUUUCAGACAGGAGGCGGAGCGUAUCCCUGUGGUAAAUCGCUCGGUUGGUCUAGGAUCGAUCACCGUCGAUGGGUCCAUUGGGUUAUUUCUCGUCCUAGCCAGUGCACCAGGACUGGUACAUCAAAGACCUUGGUAGGUGUUAUCAUGUCUGUUGGA